AUGAGACUAAAGAACUAUAGAUAUAAUAUUCUAUUGAAGAACAUGAUUGUAUCAUGUAAUUUACAUGCUUUAAUCAAGCAUGCAAAGAAAAUAGAAUUUAUUGUUUCAAUUUUCUUCGAAAUGGAUAUCAUGUUUCUCAUCCAAAAGAUCAAUAUGAUUUAAAUAAAUUUAUUGAAUUUUGAAGAUUUAAUAUAAAGAUUAUGUUUGGAAAUAGGAAAUAUUAAAAAAAUAUUAAUUUAACUUAAUUAAGGAUUGAGGAUUAAAUAUCAAUUAUAAAAAGAAAGAAUUUUUAAAUUGGAUGCAAAGUAAUUGAAUUAAACUUUUGACGAAAUGUUUAAAUGUAAUGAAAUUACUUAAAUUUUAAUAGAUGAUAUAAAAUACUGUUCGAAUGACAUGAUAAUUUAAUUAAAAUAUAAACUAUAGAAUUGA